AUGGCGGACCGACCGUUGACACUGCGCAAUGACACCUACCAAAAACUGGCUGCCGGCAUUUACCUGGACGAGCUGCCGCCGACAAUUCAGGAUGCCGUGACGGUCACGCGCGCACUCGGCUUCCGAUAUCUCUGGGUGGACGCAUUAUGCAUUAUACAGGACUGUGCUACGGGCAAUAGCCGCGAGAUUGAUCAGAUGGGACUCUGUUUCCAGAACGCGGCUGUUACGAUCAUGGCCGCGACCUCGACCAGCGCGGCCGAAGGCUUCCUUUCCCCUAAAAGGCAACCCCCAUCCUACCAGCCAGAGCACGAACUUCACGUUCCCAUGGACGGCGGUAUAGGCACUGUGUAUCUCUCGUUCAAGCCGUACGAGCCGAUCCAUCAUCUUGAAACCCGUGCCUGGGGACUGCAGGAAUAUAUGCUGUCUUCGCGAAAACUCAUCUUCUCCCACUACGAGGUGCUGUGGCAGUGCAAGGAGAUGGGUACCCGCGGUGUCACUGGCUAUGGACUCGACUAUCGACAGCCGCUGGAAAUAGACUUUGGCGACGGCGACGAUGUCGCCGAAGACGUGAGGCUCAGUACUUGGAAGACCAUCGUGAUGCUUUAUACCGAGCGACAGCUAACGAGAUCAGACGAUCGUCUGCGGGCCCUUGCCGGUAUCACAUCUAAGCUGCAGACUCAGUGGCCCGACAUGAACCUCUUCGGACACUGGAAAAAAGGUUUCAUUGUCCUCCUGGCCUGGUAUAAGGAAGAGGCCGACCGGAAGCCGUACCGAGUUCUGAGACGCGCUCCCAGCUGGUCAUGGGCAUCCCUUGACGGGCGUAUUUGUUAUGCGUCUUUCAGUGCGCCGGACGCAAUGGCACAAAUGGUUACUGAAUCUAAGGUCGUACUGCAAUGUCGCAUCCUCUGUGAAGAUUCCAUCAAUGUGGACAAGCGAGCCUCGAUAAGCAAGCUGCUAGACCUAAAAACUUCGUCCGCCGAGCAAAAUGGGAGGGACAGGGCAUCGCCUUAG